AUGGGUUUAUCAUUUUCCAAAUUAUUUGCUAAUCUCUUUGGUAACAAAGAAAUGAGAAUUUUAAUGGUUGGUUUAGAUGCUGCUGGUAAAACCACUAUAUUAUAUAAGUUGAAAUUGGGUGAAAUUGUCACCACUAUUCCAACCAUUGGUUUCAAUGUUGAAACCGUUGAAUACAAGAAUAUUUCAUUCACCGUAUGGGAUGUCGGUGGUCAAGACAAAAUCAGACCAUUAUGGAGAUAUUAUUUCCAAAACACUCAAGGUAUCAUUUUCGUGGUUGAUUCCAACGAUAGAGAUCGUAUCGCUGAAGCUAGAGAAGAAUUACAACAAAUGUUGAAUGAAGACGAAUUAAGAGAUGCAUUGUUAUUAGUGUUUGCUAACAAACAAGAUUUGCCAAAUGCUAUGAACGCCGCUGAAAUAACUGAAAAAUUAGGUUUACAUUCAAUCAGACAAAGACCAUGGUACAUCCAAGCUACUUGUGCCACUACUGGGGAUGGUUUAUAUGAAGGUUUGGAAUGGUUAUCUACAAACUUGAAAAACUCUUCAUAA